GUCUGGACCAAGAAGGUCACGGUUAGAUCGCGACGAUCUCCAGCGAACAGUGUUUGUACAAACGUCGAGCCAGCGGGUUGGCUUUCUAGCAGUGGGCUCUCUCUCCCGAGCUUCCUUUCCGCGGUGUGUUUUUGCUUCGGUUUUUGGGUCGUCCGGGACUUGUACUCCCGGUUUUCGGGUUUUUGUUGUGAAAAGUGGUCCGGUUGUUUGUUUUGCGUCGUAUGAUCGCGUUGCUUUGCAAAGGACUUUUCGCCUCGUCUUAAUCACCUGUGUGCCCCGUCGGUACUCGCGGAUAAACGUGUGCAAUAGCAACCUUCCGGUGUACCUGAACGUUGGAGAUUCGUUGUUUUGUUUGAAGAAGAUAAUUUAUGGUUCUGAUCGAAGAUCAUCCGCCGAUGCAAACUCUGUUCUGUGUGUUGAUAACGUCAGAUUGAACCAAGUGUCAAGUGCGUUGUGAAGCGGUGAAUGGAAAAUGAUGCUUGAUUGAAAUCAAAUGCCGGAAAAACAGAUAAAGUGACAGAUAAAUGCUAGUUUGAAUCGUAGAAAGUCAGAAAUCAAAGAGUUAUGGAAACCUGCGUAUUGAUACCGCAGGAGUUUGCACUGGCCGUGACGGGCCUUGGGGCGCGCAACUCUCGGGACCAGACCGCAACCGUUUGGUCCAACACGGCGAUUCCCCAGGGGACGCUCUGCUAUCCCUUCCAGGGAACGGUCCGGAUCGACAAUCUGGACGUCUACAGCUACGUGGACGAGGACGAUAUUCGCCACCGCUUCGGACUGUACGACGAGAUCACCACCGCCAACGGGAGACGCGUUCGCCACUGCAACUGGAUUCGGUUCCUGCGGGUGUCGGAAACCUACGGGCCCCAGGUGAACGUCGUCUGCGCCAAGGUGAAAGGUGAACCGAUCUACGAGAUCGUCAAACCGAUCCCCUCCCACCAGGAACUGGUGGUGUACUACCUGCCCGAAGGCCCGGAAGAGCUGUUCUUCAUCCGGAUGCGGAGUCAGCUGUACCGGCAGACCAUGGAUUCGAUACUAGAAGACUCCCCCCUUGACCUGUCCACGUCCCUGCUGUCCCGGGUAAUGCUUCCGAUCUCACCCCCGUCCGGCACCGAAGACGAACGAAAGUCCGUUUCGGGCGACAGUUCGAUUUCCAUCUCGUCCGGAGCGAGCACCAGCGGCGGUGACCUGGACACCUGCUCCGCUAUCCCGUCCGUGCCACGAAGUUCCCCGAAAGCGCGUCCCUCCCGAGGGGAACGGGCCAUGCUGCCGUGCGAAGUGUGCGGCAAGGCCUUCGACCGUCCUAGUCUGCUCAAGAGGCACAUGCGAACGCACACCGGCGAGAAGCCACACGUGUGUGGUGUCUGCGGGAAGGGAUUCAGCACGUCCAGCUCGCUGAACACGCACGUGAGGAUCCACAGCGGCGAGAAGCCGCACCAGUGCCAGGUGUGCGGCAAGCGAUUCACCGCCAGCUCCAAUCUGUACUACCAUCGGAUGACGCACAUUAAGGACAAACCGCACAAGUGCAGCCUCUGCUCCAAGUCCUUCCCGACGCCCGGUGAUCUCAAGUCGCACAUGUACGUCCACAACGGUUCCUGGCCGUUCAAGUGUCACAUCUGCUCGCGAGGCUUCUCCAAACAGACGAACCUGAAAAAUCACCUCUUCCUGCAUACCGGUGACAAACCGCACGUCUGCGAAGUGUGCAACAAAUCGUUCGCCCUCGCCUGCAACCUGAAAGCGCACAUGAAAACACACGAAGAAGGCGCCCAAGACGGUCAACCGUCGUCGAGAGCCACGAGCAGCGCCGGUCAGCACAGUCACAGCGAAGGCGAAGAGUCCAGUCCACCGCUGACCUUUGACAAAGCCACCGAGGAGCGACUGAACUUCUCCAAACAUCUGCUGUUCUCCAACUACACCAAGCAGAUGCUGUCCGGAGUGGGCUGAGAUUUCGCCUUCGAGCCCUUCAUCAAUGGUCGUUCCGUCCAGCUGCCGGUUCCCCACGGGAAAUCCAACGCUUCCGGAUCGGGUUUCCGGUCACUUUAGCACCACGAGGAAGCGCGGGGAACUUGGGCAGCUCCUUGCGCCAACUAAUAGCAAACCGUCUACUAAGUAAGAGCAAAUCUAAAGAACCGCACUGAGUGUUUAAAAGUUUUUUUUCUCACGUCCCUAUGUGUUUAUUUAACUACAUUGUACAUUAAUUUUCUAAUGUGUGACAGCCAGGAGCUAGAUGUAUUUAAUGUUCGUUUAUUCGGAACUGUUUUUUCGUUUCGUUAGAUGCUAGGGGAAAAGGCGAUCGUUUCGUCGAUUCGAUUUUUCCAGUUUAGGCUAUCAAGAAGAGUCAAGGUCGAAAGGAUGAUCCGCUGUAUUGUAAAUAAGUCGAUUCUAUGAUGUCAUAAAUUAAUACCCUAAGAAUGUGUGAUUUAUCCCCCACUCCCCCCAUUUCCCGACUACUUGUAUCAGUAUCUGAGAAGAGAUUUUAUUGAAAAUAUACAAAUAAAAGUGUACAGUAACUGUCGAAAUAAUUGAAA